ACGCGUAGCGGCGGUCAUGCCGCGGGAUUCGAGGCGAUAUCAUCCUCGUCGUCGUCGCCGUCGCCGUCGUCGUCGCUUAACCAACGUCCAAUCACGGAGGAUCGUGGUCGGCGGGGAACGAGGUCGUGGUGGUUGGUGGUAAGAAAAGCGGAAACAUGAGCUCGAUCGACUUCGACGAGGUGUUGGUGCACGUGGGCGAGAAGGGCAAAUAUCAGAAUAUCAUGUACUAUCUCCUCUGCAUAUCGGCCACGCUUCCCGCCGCUUUUCUGGCCUUCUCCCAAGUGUUCGUGAGCGCGUCCCCGGAGCAUUGGUGCAGGAUACCCGAGCUCGAGAAUUUGACGGAUCUGAUGACGUUGGAGGAGCGGAAGGCGUUGUCGUUGCCCUACGUGGAGAAGUCGGACGGCAAGGUGAAGAGGUACGAGAAGUGCAAGAUGUACGACGUGAAUUACACGGCGAUCGUCGAGUCGUGGCUGGGGAACGCGAGCAGGGAGGAGGGCGAGGACGAGGCGAGGUUGCCACCCCCACCGGUCGCCGACCCGGAUUGGCCGGUGACCAAGUGUCGACACGGGUGGAUCUACGACAACCGGGACUACGACAGCACCCUGGUCACCGAGCUAGACUUGGUAUGCGACAACAGCUGGUGGCCUUCCACCUCUACGACCUUCUUCUACGUCGGCAGCCUGUUUGGGAACGUGGUGUUUGGCUGGAUCGCGGACAAAUGGGGCAGAAGGACGGCCUUCUUCGCUAUACUGUUCCUCGAGGUCAUAUUCUCGAUCGCCACCAGCUUCAGUCCCAACUACGUCAUCUACACAGCGCUCAGGACCGUGAACGGCCUCUCUUUUCCAGCCAUCUAUCAAAUACCUUUUAUACUAGCGUUGGAAUUGAUGGGGCCGAGAUACAGAACGUUCGCCGGGAUGGUGAUUUGCAUGUUCUUCGCGUCGGCGAUGUCUCUUCUGGCCGUGCUGGGCUACUUGCUCAGGCACUGGUUCACCCUCUCCCUGGCAACCUCCGUCCCCUUCGUUCUCCUGUUCAGCUACUACUGGAUCAUUCCGGAAUCGCCGCGAUGGCUCCUCAGCAAGAACAGGAUAGACGAGGCGGAGGUGAUCGUUCAACGGAUGGCGAAGAUCAACGGGAAAACGGUGCCGAACAAUUUUCUUCGAAAGAUGGAGGUGGAGAUAUUGCGGAGGCAGGGGAUAUCUUGCAACGGGACGAAUUCGGGGGACGGGUCGGGGGAGCCGGGCGAGAACGAGGAUAGAUCGCCACCACCCGCGGCCACGCCUAUGGAUCUGAUCAGAAAUCCAAACAUCAGGAAGAAGUUCUUCAUCCUGGCGUUCGAUUGGGUGGCGAACGCGGUCGUCUAUAACGGGCUGUCGUACAACGCGACCAACCUCGGCGUCUCCGAUUAUCUGGCCUUCUUCAUCGGCGGACUCGUGGAAAUACCGUCGUACGUGAUCACGUGGUACGCGAUGGACAGAUUAGGGAGGAGAUGGGUGUUGUGCCUGACCAUGCUUUUAGGCGGCCUCGCUUGCGUCUCUUGCAUGUUCGUUCCCGAAGACGCCGUAUGGGUGACAGUGUCGCUGGCUAUGAUCGGGAAAUUCGGUAUCGCCGCCUCGUUCGCCGUGUUCUACGUGUUCGUCGGGGAAUUGUUGCCGACCGUGUUGAGGUCGCAAGCGAUGGGGAUCGCCUCGUUCAUAGCUGGCAUCGGCCUCCUCGCUUUCCCGUACAUCGUCCAUCUGGCGGUCUACUCGAGAGUCUUGCCGCUGAUCAUAAUGGGCACGCUGAGCGUGGCAGGCGCCCUCACGUCCAUCUUCCUUCCGGAGACGCUCAACAUCCAUUUGCCACAAACGAUCGAGGAGGGCGAGUUGUUCGGCGCCGAUUUCAAGCUCUGGUCUUGUCCAACGUUGCCAAGAAGAGAAAACUCGGACUCGGAGGAAAAAUCGGAAUCGAUGCCGCUCAGGUUCCUGGUGAACGGUCGGCCGGGAAAUCCUUCGCUGGCAACCGCCGCGUUGCAGGAAGAGUCGACGAGCUCGGCGGCGACAACAGCGAACGAGGCGGAAGCGGACAACUCUCGUUCCAGUGUUCAGUGCGCGGGUAUCUCAACGGAUGGUGAAGUGGUGGAGGUCGCGACCUGUGCCGAGAAAACAUUCGACGAUCCGUCGACCGUGGUCGUUAUCGAGCGAGGAAGAACGCAGUGAACGUACGGAGAACUGUUCGCCGUUCUUGUUGAGAUUGUUCGUUGUGCACGGUAGCAUACGAUCUACGCGUUGAUGCGUAAUAACGCGUCUAACAACGUAUUCGAAAUACUGUGUUUCCGUUCCCGUUUCUUCGUUUUCGUUCGUUCGCGAUUUCUCUGAAUUUCGAUCGAUAACCCCUCCCCCUCGUCAGGGAUAGAGAUGAGGUGAGAGCGCGAGAAAGAGAAAGAGAGAGUAGAAACGAUGGUAAAAGGAAUGGAAUCAUGGCUAGGCGCGAUCCUUCGCGUCGCCAAGGAGAAACGGACGUUCGUCUGUUUCUGUUUGCCCGAAACGCUUUUGGUAGACAGAUACCAUCGAGUCGAGGAUCCACGGAUUUGUACCUCGUCCUUGGGUGUCCCACGGACCACCUAUGCGGAUGCUCGAUUGAAAUUUCUGUCUUGGUCUGGCCGUAGUUGAAAUUUUCGUGCCGUUUUUUCCUUCCGUUUGCCGAUACAAAGAUGCGGGAAAUCGUGCAUAUCCAAGCUGGACAAUGUGGCAACCAAAUUGGUGCCAAGGUCAGUACGUUUUCUCGCGCAUAUACACUUCGAUAUACGUAUAUAUA